AUGCCUGAAAACGAGAAGUGCGAUUUCCUAUACUAUUGGAUGGGGGACUACCUAUGGACUGAAACCAGUGUCAAAUCACUCUCAGAUGCUAUGAAAACAAUUUACAAUGCAUUCGAAACAUGGGAUGUCACAGAAAAUUGUAAUAAUAAAUACAAUAAUGACAUUGACAAAACCCUCUUCCAAAAUCGAAAAUUGGUAUUCGACUACUACCACGACUACAAGAAAUUGCAAUCAUUAUUACCGAAUAUUGAUUCACGAUGCAAUGUGGAAUGUACAGGUUACAUACAGAACAUUACUGAAGCCUGCAAUAAAGUAAAGUCAGAUUGCCAACAGAAACAGACGAGUCAUCAAAGUGAUCAUUUUUGUACCUGGUUCAAAAACGAAAAUGAGAAAAAUGCUGGUGGUAAUGACUACUGUGCUCAGGACAAACUAUCACAACUGAAAUGUGGAGCAGCAACUGAACCCGGUGUUGUAGCAUCUGAGAGAGGUCCAGGUGCCCCAUCUCCCACCUCAUCAGGGAGUAACAACACCACUACUGUUGCUACAGCGCUCUCUUCUAUAUUUGCCACAAUAGGACUACCAACAGUUGCCUUCUUCCUUUAUAAAGUAAUUAUGGAAGGAAUAAAAAUAUAA